CACAGCAAUGUUAAGAGGAAACACGUUAUUUAAGUAGAUCUUGUUUUUUUACUACUACAAAAUACUUUUUUGUGCUAAGGGAGAAAUUAGAUUUUUCUAGAACUUUCGUUUUUAAACUUUAGUCUUUUGGGGAAUUUAUAUCUGCAUAUACCAUGGAGGAAACUCUCAACAGCACCAUUGAUCCAGCAUGUUUACAAGAGCCUCCGCAGGCUAUCGACGUGAUAAAGCAGCUCGAUACAUUUGGAUUUUGUCUGUACGGCAUCCUCACGCUCAUGUCCUGCAUCUCCCUGCUGCUGUACCUGGAGCAGUGCAUCUAUAUUUAUAAAAAACUGCCCUACCCCAAGAAGACGACCAUCAUCUGGAUAAAUGGUGCAGCACCAGUCAUUGCUACCAUGGCUUGUUUUGGGAUGUGGAUCCCCAGGGCAGUCAUGUUCACGGACAUGACGUCAAACUGUUAUUUUGCAGUGGUCGUGUACAAAGUCUUGGUUCUGAUGAUCGAGGAGUACGGUGGCACUGAUGUUUUUCUGAAGAGGUUUUCUGGUAAAACCUUUAGGAUCAACACGGGACCCUGCUGCUGCUGCUGUCUCUGUUUACCCCGUGUACCCAUGUCACGGCGAAUGUUAUUUCUGCUGAAGAUGGCUGCUCUUCAGUAUGCAAUCCUAAAGACAGUGCUGUCUGUCCUCUCCAUAAUACUGUGGACAAACGGCAACUUUGACCUCUCUGAUCUGGAGAUCACGGGCACAGCUAUCUGGAUUAACCCAUUCAUUGGCGUUCUCACAAUAACCUCCCUGUGGCCUGUUGCCAUCAUCUUCAUGAACACUAACAGUCAUCUACACAAGCUCAACAUCAUACCCAAGUAUGCCAUGUACCAACUAAUACUUGUGUUGAGUCAGCUGCAGACGUCAAUCAUUAACAUCCUGGCCUUGAACGGAACCAUCCCGUGUUCCCCUCCCUUCUCUUCUCAAGCUUGGGGAUCCAUGCUGAGUCAGCAGAUCAUGAUCGUGGAGAUGUUCAUCAUCACUCUGGUCACUCGGUGUUUGUACCGUCGCACAUAUGACACACUUCCAACUGAGGUGCAUGACAACAACCAGAAGCUGGACACGCUCGUGGAGCAUGAUGUCUAAGAAAGUACACAGCG